AUGCCGGUCAUCCCCGAGUCGUCGGACUUCCCAUCUGCACCCCACAAGGAAGGCAAUGAGGCCGAAAAGAAACCAGGGCAACAACUCCCAAAAGCGACUGCAACGGACUUCUUGUCAAAGGGACCUCAGAUUCCAGACAAUAUGCCCCCCAAGGCGUCGAAAGAGGAGCUUGAGGCACGCGCGAAGGAACUGAACAAAUCGGCCAACUGA